AUGGCUUUGCAAUCGGUUCAGGUCCGCCCCCACGAGACUGCUGAUGUCAACGAGCUCGAGACGUUUAUCGAGUCUCUUAUCAACCAGACUGUCCCUUCUACUUUCUCCAAAGUUCCUGUCUUCUCCUUCAAGACGACAGAGGAGAAUGUCAACAAGAUCAGGGAGAAAUUUGGCGACCAUGUUAUCAUUGACAUUGUCAACUAAGCUUAGAGCUGAUGAUUAGGGGAGAACAGUAGGGAUGCCAUUUAUGGGCUCGUGGUAUAUAAUGGCCGGCAAUCAGGACAGGAUGGUCCGACGGGAAACAUACAGAGUGAAACAGGGACUCUGGGAAUUGAUAUAAAACAAGAAGACCAU